AUGUUCUGCUGGCACUGUUUCCGCUGCAUGCUUUUAGCUUUCCUGGCUCUACCUGUUCCUCCUGCCACAUCCCGUCCUGCGUCCCCUGCUACCUUCCUUCCUCUGUCCUUUCCCCAUUAUUGGCUGUUGAUUCAAAAUUCAAGGGUGGAGAAUUUUCACCUCCAUUCAAAGGUGUUCCCACUCUUUGGGUGGCUUCCAGAAGAAGCUUCCGUGCACCUCGUUCCGUCCACCUUCACUCCCCUCCAGUGGAGGGUGGUGGAAGCUGCGAUUGGCUCCAACCCGCGCCACCUGGCAGAGUUCCAUUCGCUGUGGGCUGGCUGGCGGGAAAAGGAGGACGAAUUUGAGCAAGUGGACAGCUGUGUCGACCACUACCUAGCUUAUUUGCAUGUAUGUGUUGCAGGGAGUGGUUUAGAGUGGUCGAGGGGUGGUUCAGAGCGGUUGAGUGUGGCGAGAAGAGGACGACGAGUGGAUAGCUGCGUGGGUCACUGCCUUGCGUAUUCACUCGUAUGGGUGUAUGUGUGUUUUGGUGUGUGGUGCGGGUUUGUGGUUGUAUGGUAUGUGGUUGUAUGGUAUGUGGGUGUAUGGUAUGUGGUUGUAUGGUAUGUGGUUGUGUGGUAUGUGGUUGUAUGGUAUGUGGGUGUAUGGUGUGUUUGUAUGGUAUGUGGUUGUAUGCUGGUACUAUUCAUCUCUUCUUCUCGUCCUUUUUCCUAUUCAUUCUCAUUCUCGGCUGCACAGGCAACGGAAGUUGAGCCAGCCAUGCAAGCAGCACUCACCCACCUCGAGAGGUUCGGAGAGCAGCUAGCUUCGGGUGAACAGCCUCGGUGGGCGGCCAGGUUCGGAAGCCCCUGGGGCAAUGCCCCGGGAACGUGGAGCAGGUGGUGGGUGGAGUGGAGGGAGAGAAGAAGAGGAAAAGAUAGAGUGAAAUGGAGACCAGAGAUUGGCUACGGGGUCGAUCGAGGAAAUGUGCGUGGGAGGCGGGAAGCAUUGGAAGAAGAGUUGCAAGAAGAGAGGGGAUUGUGGUAUACCAAGGGGGGUGAAGUGCCGGAAGGGGGUCCUGUGGGGAGUGGGAAAGAGGAGGAAGAGGAGGAGGAGAGGUGGAUGGAGGAGGAAGAGGAGGAAAGGGGGGAGUAUAGGCGGCAGUUGAGGGAGUGGGCACGGUUCCAGAUGAUGGAUUUUGUUCAUGCACUGGCGACUGCUGAAUUCGGGGUGAACUAUGGCAAAGAUUCCGGGGAAGAGUUCAUGGAAGAUCCUGCCGCUGCUGCAUUGCUCAAGGUUGGGUUGUUGUACCAGCAACGGGAUCCCAUGUACGUACGACCAACAUCAGUUGCUUUUCAACGAUGUCUUACUCGCUGGCUCGUGGAGCUGGUUCGGCUGAGGGAGGCCAACGUGCGACUUGAAGCGGAGGUGUCUCGCCUUCGAGACAAGUCAGACCGCCUGGAGGGAGAGAGGCGGCGGCUGUCAGCACGGCUGGCGGCGGUUCACACGGCGAUGCAGCAGCUGGAGAGGGAGGCUGCCAUUCGCAGCCGGACAAGGGCAGAGGCCACCAUGGGAGUUCAGCAGAAGGGAUGGAACCGGUGGUUCAGCGGAGAUCCCAGCGCCAUGGAGCGGGUGUUAGAGACAGCAGAGGAUGCCAGGGUGGAGAGGGCGGCUGCUGCUGCCACAGUGGAGAAACUUGUGGAGGAGAACGCUCGCCUGGUGCAACAGAUGAACGAGCAGAAGCUGCUGAUAGCGAAUCUGGUUACCACCAUGCGGACCACUGUCAUCCCAGGCACCCCUUCCGGCAUACCAGCAAGCUCUCAGAACAUCCACGCUGGCCUGUUAGCAGCAGCUGCAUCGGCAGCACUGCCAGUGCGUGCCACGUCAGCAUCUGAGUACACCCUCACAGCUGACGUGGCAGGAUUGGGGUUGGAGCAUCAGGCGGCAAUUGCAGGGAGUGUGGGUGGUAACCAGGAGAGGGUCCCAGUCGCUCAUAUGAGCCAGAAGAUCCAGGACGAGUGCUCCAGGUCUCCAUCCCCUCGCCCAACCACUCUGCACCCUUCUGCACUGUUUCCUGCUGCAACGGAUGGUGGUUUGCACAGUGCUGCCAACAUGGCAUCUGUUGCAGCUGGGGAGGGUUCCAGGGGCAGUCAUAGCAGUUUUCUCACAGCAGAUGGUCCCUCUUCUUUCCUGCAAUCCACACACUCGUCCUCUUCCUCCCUUGCUGCAGACGCCUCCUCUCUCCUGCCUGUAGUGCGCAGUGCUCCUCCUCCCUCUGCAGCUCUGUGUGCGCAGCAGCCUACCCCUACCCUGUCUGAAACAUCCAGCCGAUACCCUGCCAUUUGGCCUGUGACAUACAGUGAGAGGGAAUCAGAAGGAGCAGGAGGAGGGGGAAUGGAUGGAGGGGCAGGAGCGGUAGCUGUGAAUGAAGGGAAUGGGAUGGCAGAUGUGAGGGCACAAGGGAUGGUGGUUGAAGCUGGGUCUGUUGUGGCUGCUGGCGGUGGAGCUGGUGGUGUGGGUGUGGGUGGUACUGGUGAAGUGGUGGUUCGGCGAGCAGGGGGUGUGGAGCGGAAUGAGGUGUCGCUUAUUGAUUCGCCGCUCGUCGGCGCCCCCUUUAGGUUGGCGUUUUUCCUUGUGAAGGUGGUGAGUAAAACGGGGAUAGUUCAGAGGCUGGCAGGAAGGCUUGCGGGGGGGAGGAAUAAGGACUCGGGGGCGGGUGGAGAGAAACGGAAUGUCAGGGUGGAUGGAGUUGGGUCGUCUGUUGGCAUGCUUUAA